CGCCUCUUUUUUUGCGACGCCAUUUUUGAACCGCCGCUAGGGAGGAAGUGAAUACAGUUAUUACCGGUUUGACAACAGUAAUUACUGAGGGAAGGCCUGCGACGUUUUUAAGCUAUACUAAUUUUAUUUUUGAACUGUAUAUUAGUUAGUAUAACGGUGCAAGAUGGGUAAUUUUGGAAGUAUAUUUGCACGCUUGUUUUCCAAAAAAGAAAUGAGGAUAUUGAUGGUUGGACUUGAUGCUGCAGGGAAGACCACAAUUUUGUACAAGCUAAAACUUGGAGAAAUUGUUACAACAAUUCCAACAAUUGGUUUCAACGUGGAAACAGUAGAAUAUAAAAACAUUAGCUUUACAGUAUGGGAUGUUGGCGGUCAAGACAAAAUCCGACCUCUGUGGAGGCAUUAUUUCCAAAAUACACAAGGUUUAAUCUUUGUAGUAGACAGUAAUGACAGGGAAAGAGCUCAAGAAGCAAAAGAUGAACUGAAUAGAAUGCUAAAUGAAGAUGAACUUAAGGAUGCUGUACUGCUUGUAUUUGCAAACAAACAGGAUUUGCCAAACGCCAUGAACGCUGCUGAACUCACAGAAAAAUUAGGCCUGCAUUCGCUUCGUCAACGCACAUGGUACAUCCAGGCAACAUGCGCAACUAGUGGUGAUGGACUCUAUGAAGGUCUCGACUGGUUAUCUGCUCAGCUCAAGAACGCGAAAUAGGUUUGAGCAAUAAGAAGGAAUUGCAAAUUUAAUGUAAAUGAUGAUGUCUUACAAUAAGCUUUUGGAAAGGCAAUUGUCUUCAAGCCAUGCUCCAUAGGAAAAAAUGUUUAAUAUGUUGUACAUGAAUUUUCCUAGACACUGAAAUGGUGCUUGAUAAAAAGCUUUUAAAUUCAUGUGUGCAAAAUAUGAAAAAAAAUUUUUCUCCGGAGCCUGGCUUUCAGUCAACAAGUUUCUUUUCAAAUUAACUUGUCUAGUGUAUUAUAUGUCUUUAUAAAAGCGAUCGUUAAAAACAAACUUAUAUAAAAAGAUCACAAGUUAGAGCAUUCCUAUUAUAAGAACAUAAUUAUGGAUGGUUGAAAGACUGUGAGAGAUAUCUUUUGUUUUACUUUAUUGGGUGUUUUUAUUUUUUUUGAUAUUAGAAUUCUUCCAUUACAAAUGGUCAGAUAUCCUGAUGCUUCAUUUCUCUUUGUAAAACAUCUAAUUAUAUGUACUGUAGAAAACGAUCUUAACAUUAAGGUACUGUAACAACUGAGAAAUGGUUCUGAAUGGGAUUUUUGAUUAUUCAAGAUUUACAGUAAUUGAAUUUGUCUAAAUGAUUCUUUUGAGAAUGUUCAUGUUUGUACAGUAUGUUAACUGUGAAGCAAAGAAUACCAUAAUACUGACAAUUAACAAUGAGAUACAGUAGUGUAUUUAUUUAUGAUAGUAGGAAAGUGCUUAGAUGAAAGAAAGUAUGGUAUUUCAGUAUAUUCAAACAAUCAAUUUAAUAAAAUUUGUCAUUUAAUUUUUCAUGUAUUUGUAAACUAUUUGUCAUCAUUAUCGUGGCUGCUGAAAAUAAUUUUUAAAGUUGGCUAAUUUUUUUCAUUUCAACUUAUUUUUUUUUUUUUUAAUCAUAUUUGUAGUGUUUACUGUGUCAUUUAUUCCAAAACGAAUGUCUUUGAUUCCCAUAAUAUGGAUUCCAAAUAAUCAUAUACUAAUUUGUAUUAGAUAAUAAAUUGAUAUGUACACAGUAUUUAUAAAUUCAUACUAUAUAUCAGGCAAUUCUAGUCUUGGUUUGUGAAGAUUUAAUGAACAGUAAUUUUUAAAUUCUAUCGAUGUCAUAAUAUCUUACAGUAUAUUCUAAUUCACUCAGCCUUAGCAUUGUCUGGAAAUUAAAAAAGUUAUUUUGGCACAGGAAGCACAUUUUACUCUCUUCCCCUUUAUCCUGUCUUGGAAACUGCUGUUGUGGACACCAACAUUACAAUUGUUUUUGACUCGGGGGUUUUUGUUUGGGGUUUUUACAUUGAAUUUUUAAUCCAUAUUUUGAAUAUUACUGACACUUUGCUGGUCAGUAAUAGUGUUUGUAAGUUAUGACAGGUGACUGGGGGUGAUCCGAUAGGUAUGAGCAUCCGGCAAACAGACUUGACAAGAUUUAUUUGCUGUAUAUUUUAUUUAUUGUAGAAUAUCUUAUCAAUGUGAUAAUUUUUUCCCCAUGUAUGAUCAAUUUAGGUAUGGUACAAAUGUGAACUUUACAUACUAAUUGUGUACCCUCCCAUAUGUUGAGUAAAUACUGUCUAAAAAAA